GGCUAGUAAUUUAAAUGACCCUGAUAAGCAGGGGUUCCCUAAGCUCCAGAAGUAGCUAAGAGACCAGAUGAUGUCUAUGUUAUUGUAUGACCUUCCUUAGACCCUUAAGCUAGUACAGGUAACCUAUCUCUAGAACCCAUCGUCUUGGAAGAAAUAACAUACCCUAAGUCGAGUUUCAAUGUAAUUGCACCUCCCUGUGCACCAGAAACUGUUAUUACACCAGGAAACUUUCUUCCAAAUCAUACUAUGUUUAAGUUUGUUCGGAGUAAACCGCCUAGCAUCAGACCCCCCAAGUCUAAGCAAGACUGAUAAAGUCAGUCUGAACCCAGUUUUCAUUCUCACCUGACAGUUUGCUUCCCUCCCUGGACUCCUGCAGGGCCCCCUCAGCUGGGGAUGGAGGUCGGUUGGCAGUGUGCUUAACUGUAGUAUACACAACACCCUGGUUCUGUAACCAGAGCCGGUGGCACAGGCCUGCAAUCCCAUUGGUGGAGGCAGGAAGAUUGGAAGCUUAAGGCUGCUUUUGGCUAUAGAGAGUUUGAGACUCUCAAAAAAACAAACAAAAAGGAGGACGCCCAGAGGGAUAGAGAACCUGGAGCUGCCACCGUUGAUCUUGGAUAGUUCUGUUGAGUUCAGUCUGGAUGCUGUUUAAGAAAGGAAGUGGUUUCCUGGGUAAGCCCUGCUGGCCACGUUGUUCCUGCCCUGAGAGUUAGCAGCUGGCCUAUGGUUGGUCACUUCACACAUCCCAGCUCAGUGUCACCCAGCUGUUCCCUUAGCUCCUGUGCCUUUAGACUGCCAAUGUUUGGGCCAAGACGGGUGGAGACUUGUGCCAAAUCGUAGGGGAGGGCUUCAAGAGCAGGAGCUGACACUCAGGUAAGUCGGUCUGAGUCAAGUCAGAGACUCGUCAAAGACAUCACAAGCAGGGAAGGGUGAUUGUAUAAGAUGGUAAAGAUAAAAGAAAGUUACAUUUCCACGCAGUGUCUUCUAGGACCUUAUUCUGAAGACCUGUGUUGCUCUCUGGUUCCACUAGCAGCCUGGUGUGUUGAUCAAGCAUGUCAGCUGAGGCCUGACAAGAUCAAAGCUGCAGGAGGAUGGACAGUGAGGUACAGCGAGAUGGAAGGAUCUUGGACCUGAUUGAUGAUGCUUGGCGGGAAGAUAAGCUGCCAUAUGAGGAUGUCGCCAUUCCACUGAGUGAGCUUCCUGAGCCCGAGCAAGACAACGGAGGCACCACAGAGUCUGUGAAAGAACAGGAGAUGAAGUGGACAGACCUGGCCUUACAGGGCCUCCACGAGAACGUCCCACCCGCUGGAAACUGAUGCCGGGCUCCUUCCCACGGACGGAGUUUUCAAACAUAUGGGGAUAAAAAUGUUUCCUGUCGCCAAAUGCAGAUCUUUAGCAAUAAAUCAACACUCAAAAGCAUA